AGGAAAAUUAUUUUUCUUGCACAACACACCACGAUACGACGCCGUAAAUUACCCGGGGAGUAAGCAGUGUACCCGAUUUCACUUUGGUCGGAAGCAUAACUGAGCUUCCAAAUCUCUCUCGCCCCGUUCGAAACGGUUCUCCUCUUCGCCGGUCGCCGCCGCUCUCCAUUUCCCCGGUUUCGACUGCAGGGAAUAGGGCCUCUUAGAAGAUGGAAGACAUCUUGACUGAUAUUCCUCCACCCUCAAGGUUCUUCUUGGAAGAUCUCAACAAUUUUGCCCCGCGAUUGCCUCCUCUUCCGUCUCCAUUCCUGCUGUUUUCUACACCUAACCCUGAGAAAUAUUCUCACCCAUCUCUCCUUAUAAUUGCAAUGUCUUUUCCAUCCGUUCACUUUUUUCACCAUUUGUCUUCCAAAAUCUUAGUUGGAACACUUAUCCUACCUGAGAUACCAUUAUCUGGCAACUCCGUUGUACCAUCUCUUAAAGACAAAUCCUGCAAUAUAUAUGCCCUAAACCAUGCUGAUAAAUUGAUCUUGGUAGUCUCAGUCCAGUAUCCAAUCACUGCGGAGAGAUCUCAUGCAGUGGCAAAGCUGCUUGUUGGACAACAGAUCAUCCCAGACCGGGUUUUAAUUCUGGAUACAAUACAGAGUAGUAACUUUAGGGGUAAGCUUCCACCCGAUGAAACACUUGCAUUCAAGCUGGAGACAUCAUUAGAGAGAGAAGGUAAGGCCGAUAGCCAUGAUGAUUCUCGGUUGGUUAAAUGUUUGGACUAUUUCCCAUCAGGAAGUGUAGUGGAUGGCUUGGCUGCCGCACUAUUGAGCAGAUGCGAGAUGAAUAAAAUAAGAGGGGCAGUGUGUGUUUCAUGGCCUGAACUCGGUUCUCCUGUGACAUCACUCGUAAAAUCUAUGCUGCUCAAGGAUGUCUUACCGGGACUGGUUCAUACUAGUGCUGACAAUGGCAAGAGCGACUUUGCUUGGACUGGGCGUAGUAAAGAUCAUCUUCUUGACUCUGAUCUGUACACCUGAUAUUUAGAUUUUAAAUGAUGGCGAGAUAUAAAGAACUGUCUUAUUUCAAUUUUCUAUAGUUUCCCUUUGUCUCAGACAUUAAUCCAGUUUCCUUUUCUUGUCAACUUAAAUCCAUCUUGAGUUCACCUAA